AGAGGAAAAGUUUGAUGUCCCAACCUUCAACACAAGCCCGACAGUUGCAUAAUAGUGAUUCGGAGCGUACUAUGUCGGCAUUGUUUACUUCAAAUGAAGCUGAUUUGGAAGGAGGAUCACCUACCUGAAUACGACAAAUACACCUCCAAAGCAGAAUCCAGAUCCAAACGAUAAUAGGAUCUUCAUUCGUCCCAUUGGCGUGAAAGCGUUUGAACCUUGCAGUGGGCAUAAAAAAUCAUAGAACUCGGUACUUCUCCGAGGCUGUCAAGACGUACAACGGUGCGCCUCAAAGAAUGAAGGAUAUGUGGUUUAAUGAAUUUAAGAAAACCUGUAAGUGGAAUCCAGAAGAUGAAGCUGUAAUCCAGAGUAUAUAUCAUAAAAAACCUGCCAGAAGACUUUUUGACAAAUUGGGAAGGUGCGCGCCAAAUUGGCAAAGGGUGAAUCACCACCGCUAUGGAUGUCUGCUCCGAUUCUGGCUCAGUAUCACAGCUUUUUGGACAAGGAAGAAUUUAAAAAGAUAUGCGAGAAGAACAAAAUGAAUAGAAAUUCAGAUUGUGGGGGAAUGAGACCAUCGCUGCACACGGGAGGUUCAAUCUCGAUGACUGAGCAUAGGCGAAGAUUAAAAGAAAAGCUCGGAGAGGAGCCCUCACAUGCUGUUUUGUUUCAAGCUACACACAAACGCAAAAACACCGGUGAGUUUGUGUGCAAAAAAUCUCAACAAAUCGUUGAAACUGCAAGUCAAAGGCAGCAAACUAAACCAGAACUUGACCAAGAAAUUAUUUGGUAUGAGGCAAUAGGUGGUCUCAAAAAAGGACGUUAUGUGUGGCUUUGGAUCAGGUACCCAACACUACUUUCCCGAGAAGUCGGACAUCGAGAAUCAUCCUCACAUGCAGCUUCUGAGGAAAGAAUUAAAAAAUUGGAGCAAGACAACGAGGAGAUUAAAUAACAAAAUAAGAAGAUUAUGGAGUUGUUCCAAGGCAUAUGUGGUGCACAUCCGGAGUUGUUACAAUCUGUUGCUCCUAUAGUUGAUAGCAAUCAAAGUAGUGGUGUUGGGUUAGAUAAUCUUGACUAAGUACUUGUUAGAACUUGU